AUGAUGGCGGCCUCGGGCCUCGAAUUAACCACGAGACAACGGGCAGCGAAUCCUAAAGUGCGCACCGGCUGCAUUACCUGCAAGUGCUCGCGCACGAAGCGGUUAUGCGGGGGUUACCGAAGUGUCCCGCCUAAAUCAUCAUUACCCCGUUCGCUGGCAGUAGCCCCUGCAGUCGAUCCAACGACCGAGCAUGCCUUGGAAGUAUUCUUUCUCUGCACAGCUCCCGCCCUGGCAGGCUAUUUCGAACAUGCCUUCUUCCAGGGCAGUGUUUUACAAUUCAGCCUUGGCGAACCUGCUAUCCUCCAAGCAAUCGCUGCUCUCGGUAGUCUCCAUGAACAGGCCGCCGCGUCAAAGAUCCAACAUCCGCACCGGAAAACACCUCUACCAGGGCUCCCGCUUAAGCUAUAUAAUAGGGCCAUUCGAGUCAUGAUAGAAAAGGUCACCAUAGACCCUACGAACCUUCCUUUGAUUGCUCUGGUCAACAUCCUCUUCAUCUGCUUUGAAUAUUUUCAAGGCAAUCUACAAGCGGCUGCCUCUCAUAUUAGAGGCGGGAUUGAUAUCUUGAAUAACUGGCGUGUCAGAAACAUAAUUAAACGCCAUGAAAAUGGUGGCCACAGAUAUGCUUCAUGGGAGGCUGAAUUCAUGGAAACUGAAGUUGCGCCACUUCUUUGCACAUUCAACAUAAAUGCUGUUCAGUGGGGGGUAGGGGUGCAAGCAAGUGUCAUUCCUGAUCCACCCACUGACUCCAGUAUAAUUUCAAUGCCCAAUCGAUUCGAGACUCUCAAAGCUGCCAGAGCUGCACUGCUGAAACUGGUUAUCUCUGCCACAUGGGAGUUCGAACCAUCCGGAAAAGAGCUCUCUAAUACCGAUUUUCCUGCUAUUUGCGAGAGAAUAAUGACUAGCUUGAGUCGAUGGAAAGUCAGCUUUAAAGAUUUGGUCAACCGACAGUCGCAUCUCUGGGAUAAUCGGAAGAGGCGAACAGCUGAUGCCAUUUCCGUCAUGCUUGCGAAUGCCGAACUCGGGGUCUAUUCAUAUCAAGCGCAAAGUCACUGCGACUGGGACAAAUACCGAGACCAGUACGAAGAGACAGCCGCGUUAAUAAAUAAGCUUAUCGCCGAUACUAAUCACUUCCCUCACGAGUUGUCGAGGGCCUUCAGCCUGGAUUUUCGGAUGAUGUUUCCUCUUCAGCCUGUGGCUUGGAGGUGUCGCUGGCCACAUCUUCAUCGAGUGGGACUGGACCUACGGGCCCGUUUGCCAGAUCUCAACUCGCUUCCGGCGGGUAAGCAGUACCAUACAGUCUCUGCUCGCAUCGCGGAGAUCGAGGAGGCCUACCGAAACAUGCCUGCGGCGAAAGGGCAUUCCCCGGAGAUAUUGAACAUUCAAAAUUAUAGCGUUGUCAUAUCACAGGGAGAGCAGAAUCAGCCCCCGGCUUUUGUCGUGACGUUUUGGAGCAAACCGGAUGGCUUGGAUGGACCUUGGUAUUCCUUCACGGAAAAUAUCCAGUUAGAGUCGGGUGGGGCUGGCAAUACCUGUCUGCAGAUUCGAGACCGCGAAAAUAUCCAGAAGAUGUCAGAUCAGAUAAGCGACACAUGCCAGGAAGACUCGAAACCUUCACCCUCAUCUCUCAAGAGCGCAGCGAUGUAUCCGAGGCCUCACAUCUCUGAACCAAUUAAAGAAGAAAGGCCCGAGCCGUCCUAA